CUUUUUCUUUUUGAUAAUACUGCAUUUCUCUAUAAUUUUAGAAUUCUCUCUAUCUCCUUCGUCUUAACACCAUAGCUUAGGAUUUCGUUUCCUUUUGUUUUUCUUAAUAAAACCAUCACAAUAAAAUAGUCUCAGCAAGGUAUCAGAGCACCAACAAACUAUCAACAUAAUCUUUAGUUUGUUCCUUCAUUUUUGAAACACCAAGAUGAACAUCCUCUUAACCAUCUUCACCUUCACUGCAUUCUCAGUUCUCAUCCUCUUCUCUUUUCUCAUCUUCAAAAUCUAUUCAGGAAAAUCCAUAAAAGACCCCAGUUAUCCACCAGUAAGUGGAACAGUCUUUCACAUGCUAUUCUACUUCGACAAGCUUUAUGACUACCAAACUGAAUCUGCAAAAACUCAACAAACUUUUAGGCUUCUUUCUCUUGAAAACAGCCAAAUCUACACCACCGAUAUACGAAACAUAGAACAUGUACUAAAAUUGAAUUUCGGUAAUUAUUCAAAAGGGGAGUAUAAUCAAGAGAUUAUGACAGAUCUUUUUGGCGAUGGGAUAUUCAACGUGGAUGGAGAAAAAUGGAGGCAACAGAGGAAGCUCGCCAGCUUUGAGUUUUCAACAAGAGUUCUCAGAGAUUUUAGCUGUGACGUGUUCAGAAAAAACACUGCUAAGCUAGUCAAAGCAGUUUCGGAGUUUGCUAUUACGGGUCGGAUUUUCAAUAUGCAAGAUGUACUGCUUAAAUGCGCUCUGGAUUCCAUUUUCAAAGUUGGGUUUGGAGUGGAUUUGAAUUGCUUGGAUGGGUCAAGCAAAGAGGGGACUGAAUUCAUGAAAGCCUUUGACGAGGCGAACGCUUUGGUGUGCUGGCGAUAUGUUGAUCCAUUCUGGAAGUUGAAGAGGUUUCUCAACAUUGGUUCCGAAGCCUCUCUUAAGAAUAAUCUUAAAGUCAUUGAUGAGUUUGUGAACAAACUUAUUAUAACCAAGAGAAAUAUUCUAACUCUGCAACAAGAUUCUAUUCCAAAAGAAGACAUACUGUCAAGAUUUCUAGCGGCGAGUCAAGAGGAUCCGGAAACAAUGAACGAUAAAUACUUAAGGGAUAUAAUAUUGAGCUUCAUGAUUGCUGGCAAAGAUACUUCUGCCAAUACUCUCUCUUGGUUCAUUUACAUGCUGUGUAAGAAUCCUGUAAUACAGGAAAAGGUCGUGCAAGAAGUAAAAGAUGUCUCUGGAAAUAAUGAGCUGGAAGAAACAACCAACAUUGAUGAUUUUGUGAGCAAUAUAACUGAGGAGACACUUGAGAAAAUGCAGUAUCUCCAUGCAGCAUUGACAGAGACUUUGAGACUAUACCCUGUCGUCCCAGUGGAUGGAAGGUGUGCAGAAAUGGACGACGUUCUUCCAGAUGGAUUCAGGCUGAAGAAAGGAGACGGGGUGUACUACAUGGCCUACGCAAUGGGUAGAAUGCCUUAUAUUUGGGGAGAAGACGCUGAGGAAUUUCGCCCUGAAAGAUGGCUCGAGACUGGAGUUUUUCAACCAGAAUCACCUUUCAAAUUUAUAUCAUUUCAUGCUGGACCUCGAAUUUGCCUCGGAAAAGACUUUGCUUAUCGUCAGAUGAAGAUAGCAGCAAUAGCCCUUCUUCGCUUCUUCCGCUUCAAAUUGGCCGAUGACACGAAAAUUGUAACCUACAAGACAAUGUUCACACUUCACAUUGAUGGAGGCCUCGAUAUUUGUGCAAUUUCAAGAAAUAGUUGAUGGAUACCAGACCUUGAGUGAUGCCCAAACAGAAGAAAAAAAAUCUAAAUUUAUUUGCAUGAAGCCUACUGCGUUUAAUUCUUGCAUUGUCAGCUCUGUCUGAUCUCUGCAUGUAAUAACUUUGUAUCCAAGAUUUAUUUUAUCGCUGAAUAAUAAGUGUCUGCUACACUUGAACCUUUUUGAUAA